GAAGACUGUCCGAAAAGGCAUGUAAUCAUUAAGGUUAUAAGUUACGAUACUGUCCUCAAUGAUCUUGAAAUACAUUUACCCUACAAUAAGUGAGCAUGAACACAUUUCAAAUACUAGAUUUACUAAUAUAUGGAGCGUAGGAGGAAAACUAAUGACACAACAAAGGACAAAGGUAUCGGUUUAGAAUUGAUAUAUAAUGUAGGUUUCUGAUGAAUUCGCUGUUGUAAUAUAACUGGAUAUUCAUUAGUAAAAUGAAGCUCACUCUCUUAUUCCUGGUCAUUUAUUGUACCCUAGUCCCUUAUAUUAUAUUUGCAGCUGAAACCACCAAAGCAGCGGAAGAUCAUCAUGGAGCUGAACAUUCAGAUGGAAAGGAUGAUGAUGAUGAUGAUGAGAAUGAAAAUGAUGAAUUUGGUUUUGGAAAGGAUAGUGGAUCGAAAAAAAUACUUGGUGUAUUAUGGAGGUCAUGUAAGAAGGGACGUAGACACGUCUAUAAGGUUAUUGAUAAAUACUUGAAGAAGGAAGAUUUAGACAAGAAGUUGUUGGAAGUUGCUAAAAUCAUAGGUAAACGGCUUGAGAAGCGUAUGGAAUACUUUGCAAAGAAACUGGAUUCAAUGUUCAAUUAUGAGACAUCUUAGUCUUGAUAAGUACAAGUAUAGAUCGUGUCUCAGUCAUUGAAUUAAUAUAUGCAGUAGUUAUUUACUUCUCAAAAAAGCCUUUCUGUUGAUCCAUAUUCCAAUGUUUAAACGUAUUCAUCAUUAAUAAAAGUACACCUAACCAAACUGUGAAUUGAUCUUUCAUUAUCCUUUUGAAUGUAAAACUCCUACACUUCACUUGGGUAACGAUACAGCAUUUAUUACUGAAAAUGGUAAAUAAAAUCUUUUCUAAUUUUA